UAUCAUGCCACCGUGAUCUCUCAUUAUAUCUACUCAAAACAAGUAUUUGCAUGAAAUUAUAAUAUCAUCUGACAAUUUUAGCUUUAUUUCAACCUCAUUCUCUGCUACAGCCUACUUCCGCCGGCGGACAACGGAAAGCUACUACCCCUUCUCUAAACCAGCCGAAUCGGACCGACUUCGAAGAACACGAACCGAACAAUAACCAGGGAAGGGGAGAGAGAGAAGAUCACAAAAUAUCCUCGAAAAUGGGUCACAGCGUCCCCGACCUCGAUGCGAUUGGCAUCAAGGCCGAUCCGGAUCUCACAGAACAGUUUCGGCGCGAAGUCGCAGAUCUACUGAAACGCAACAACCCCAACUUCCCCGGCGCACAACCGGUCUCGUUUGCGGCAAAACACCUCCUAGAAUUACAAAAGGAAGACUAUUUCGUCUGCGAAAAGACAGAUGGAAUCCGUUGCUUGAUGUACUUUGCGCAUGGAGACCCCCAAACUAACCCGGAAAUUCACUAUUUGAUUGAUCGCAAGAACGAUUAUCGGUUUGUGCCCGGACUGCAUUUUCCACUGCCGGAUGAUGAGACCUUUCAGUCUUUUCAUGUGGAAACGCUUGUGGAUGGGGAGCUGGUUAAUGAUACAUAUGAGGAUGGGUCCACGCAGUUGAAAUAUUUGGUGUUCGAUUGUAUGGUGCUCGAUGGGGUGAGCAUGAUGCACCGAACACUCGACAAACGACUGGCUUAUUUUAAAGAAAAAGUCCUCAAGCCUUACAAUGCGCUAUACAAACGCUUCCCUGAGGAGAAGCAGCACCGCCCAUUCGCCGUUGAAGACAAGUCCAUACAGUUCAGCUACGGCAUCGAGAUGAUGUUUCGCGAAAUCAUCCCUAAAGUCAAGAAAAUCCACGGCAACGACGGCCUGAUUUUCACCUGUCGAAGCACGCCCUACAAAAUCGGCACAGAUGAGCAUAUCCUGAAAUGGAAACCGCCUGCUGAGAACACCAUUGAUUUUCGAAUGCGCCUUGAAUUCCCGCUUCUAGAACCAGAUACAGAUGACGAGGCAGACGGAAUCGUCGAACCAUAUUAUGAUUAUGAUGCAAUGCCUACUUUCCACCUUUUUGUUCUGUACAAUAGCGGCGACUACCGCCUCUUCGGCGAAAUGUUCGUUCUGCAGUCUGAAUGGGAGUCUCUGAAAGCACUACAAGUGCCGCUAGACGAUACGAUAGUCGAAUGUUACCAAGACAACAAGGGUCGCUGGCGCUAUAUGCGUUUUCGAGAUGAUAAGAAGGAUGCGAAUCAUAUUACGACGGUGGAAAAGGUCCUAGAAUCGAUUCAAGACGGAGUCACUGAGGAAGACCUUAUUCGGGCCGCGCCUGCUAUCAAAACGGCGUGGAAGAAACGUCAAGCACUUGAGCAAAGUAGUGCUAAUGAAAGAAGACACAAUCAACCUCCUCCAGGGGUACCAAAUGGGAACGGCGUGAAGAGGAAGUUUGAAGAAUAACGAUCUCCUUUCUUUCAUUAUUUGGCUCCUUGGCUAAAAUGUAUUAUGUGCGACUGGAUGGUGUUUUGGGAUUCAAAGAGUGCGACGGCGCUGGCAUAAAAGGGGUUAUUGCUUGUUUUUUGAUUUUAUUUCUGCCACAAUCAAUACAAAUAAAGUUCGGUAAAUACCAAAGUGCUGGUUACAUGCCAACGGGAUUUACUUUGUGUGACUUAAUGUACUCGUGUACGUUGACUACUACAAUUUCUACAUAAUUCAAUAAAAAUUAA